GAAGCGGGAAUGCGCACAUCAUUCGUAGCACAGCUCUCGACUCGUUCUAUUUAAUUGCAUUACCCCCACGGGUUUCUUUACACAAUCCUUUGCCGUUCUUCUCACUCAUUCUCUCCUUUUUUCGAGAUCUGAGAUUAUCUUCUUCUUCUUCUUUGGUUUCCGCCUCUGUUCUCGUGCCCGCACUGCUUCAGGUUGCAGUUAUGACUCCACCUAUUGAGACUCCAAACAAGGCAAUUGCAUCAACCCAACAGCUGCAUCCUCCUCUCAAUGAAAGGAUACUCUCAUCCAUGUCUAGGAGGGCAGUUGCUGCACACCCCUGGCAUGAUCUUGAGAUAGGACCUGGAGCUCCAACAAUUUUUAACUGUGUGGUUGAAAUAGGAAAAGGGAGUAAGGUGAAAUAUGAACUGGACAAGAAAACUGGCCUGAUCAAGGUCGAUCGUGUACUUUAUUCAUCAGUUGUAUAUCCCCAUAACUAUGGUUUCAUUCCACGAACACUCUGUGAGGACAAUGAUCCAAUGGAUGUUUUGAUCCUCAUGCAGGAACCAGUUCUUCCUGGAUGUUUUCUCCGGGCUAAAGCCAUAGGCCUCAUGCCUAUGAUCGAUCAGGGAGAGAAAGAUGAUAAGAUAAUUGCGGUGUGUGCUGAUGAUCCCGAGUACCGACACUACACUGAUAUCAAGGAGCUCCCACCCCAUCGUUUGGCUGAGAUCAAGCGUUUCUUUGAAGAUUACAAGAAAAAUGAAAACAAGAAAGUUGCAGUUAAUGAGUUUCUGCCGGCAUCUACAGCCUAUGAAGCCAUCCAACACUCUAUGAAUCUUUAUGCUACCUACAUUGUGGAGAGCCUGAGGAGAUAGGCAGGUUCAUCACAGUAGUUGGUUUCAUACAAGGGCUUAUCUGAUUUUCACACGAAUGGAUGUCAAUAGG